ACAAGCUUGUUAAUCAUAUCCUCUAUUACUAGAUUGUGCCACCAUGGCAAGUCCUUAUUUUGAUGAUUGCCAGAAGCUCUUCAUCACUCCACCACAAGCUUCCUCUUAUGCCAAUCCACUUUAUGAUGAGAAGGCAACAGCUGACAAUGAGUCUUUCAAAUCACUUGCUGAAAGGAUAGCUGAUUUUGCUGAGGAAUCUAACAGGCUUCAUGAGGAACACAUGAGGAGGUUGGAGGAAAAGUUGAAAGGAUACAAAUCAAAUCUUCUAGAACUUAAAACCCCUCAACCCAAAAGUGAGGUUUUAAUGGAGGAUUCAAAGAAGUGCCAUGCAGCCGCAUCUCCAGGAACUUUGAAGCAGUUUUGUAAAUCGCAAAAUGUGACAGAGAUGCCAAUUGUAAAUGAAGGUCAGACGACACUGAGGUCAGAGAGUAACCCCAUGAUCACAGUCGGGGGGCAUGAAUCACAAUUGCAGCGUGCUGUCCAAAGUCAGCAACGCCAUGCAGCUUUGGAGGCGACUUCAACAAGUAUGCCUCCAAGUCGUUCUAAGUCUACAAAGACUAAUACUAGCAAUAGUCCUCUUACUCCUGGGAGGCAUAAACCAACUCAGGUGCAGACAUGUCAGCCAUCGAUCAAUGAAGGUCCAUCUGAUGGCCGACAAAAAGUUGAUGCUGCUACACAAAAGCCAACACUUUGGCCAGCAUCAGUACAUAAAUCUGAUAAGGUAUCUACCUCAUCUACUUCUACUUCUUUUGAGACUAACGAGCAUGUUUCUUCUGCCUUGCUUAAGAAGUGUUCGCGGCGACCAUGCUUUCUUAAUGGUCGAAGCCCUUCCAAGUUCAACUAUGGGCAAUGGCUAAAGUCAGAUUGAACAACAAAGGUUGCAAGACCUUAUUGCCAAUGAAGUUCACAAAGCUAU